CCGCCGUUUGGUUUAAAAGGGUUUUCGCUGGCGGGUGCGUACACAGUUAAUACAGGAGGCUUUCCUGGAAAUACCAGUUGUCUGGAGUAACAGCGUCAAGUAUCAGAAGAGUACAAUGAAAAUGUUGUUCGCAGUGGUCUUGUUGGGAUUUGUUGCAUUGUUUGAUCCUGUGUACGGGGCCACCUGUAAAAGUAACACCACCUCCUGUGUGGCAACAAAGUACACUCAAGCGGCAUGUAAUGCCUCAAAAAUUUGCGCUUGUGAAGUUGGUUAUUUCCCAAUCCGUACCGGAUGCGGAAUGAAAUAUUCCAAACCAUCUGUGAUUCUACCGGAUGGAAACAGCUUUGAAGUUCUGGAGGGUAAGAGUGCAGUGCUGACAUGUUCCACAGUUGCUCCAGUCGUUGACUGGUAUUACGACAAUGGUACUUUCAUCACUACAGGCACGACCUACACUCUUGCAUCGGCCUCGGCUGCUAAUGUAGGAAAAAUUAAAUGCAAGGGGAAGUUGGAGAAAACAGACAGUGCACUAGACUCGGACUUCAGUGACGCUCUGGACAUUAAACUGAUCAAAAAAACAGGAGAAGUAACCGAAAAGCCAAUAUUUAUAGCUACUCCAUCGAGCUUGUUCUCUGGUAAAAAUGCUACUUUGAGAUGUACUAAUAUACCAAUGGGCUAUGAUACGACCAAGAUCAAGUUUAAGUUAUCUAAUGGAACUGAGAUAACUUCUCCUUUGGUCAUGACAAGUGACCUAAAAGAUAUAAAAGCUCUAUGUAAUUUAUCUGAUACGUCGGCACACGCUGUAACUAACGCCAGUGAACUUGGCUCUUUACCAACACAGACAACUACCAUUUCAUCCGUGUUGGUGACGUCUACUGCUGUUGACAAAUCUAUCUACUCAGUUGAUGAAGCAAUUAUAUUGACUUGUGUGACUACCCCUGGUCCAAAUUUUGUGGACAUCUCAACUAAAUCAAUCACUUACCAAUGGCUGAGUAACGCCACUGUUGUGCAAAACUCAUCGUCAGCUACGUACAAUUUACCGAAGGCUGCAGGAAACUACAUAAUCAGUUGUAAUGCCACUUACGGUGAGGCACAUACAGCAUCGAGUAAUUCAAUAAAUAUAACACGCAGUAGUACUUACCUAACUAAGCCUACUAUCCUAGCGAACCCUACAAAUCCGGUUUUGGGAAGUCUGUUGACAUUGGCCUGCGUUAGCAAUUAUACAGAUGUUACUUAUAGCUGGAAGAUGGGUACAGAGUACAUUGCCCAACAGUUUGACCACACCAUACAGCUGGACAGCUUAACAGCCAGUGAUGCUGGAGCCUACGUGUGCAUCGUCAAGAGAAGCGCGGUCACCAUGACCUCUGAAGUUUUCACCAUCUCGAAUGGUCACGUGCUUACAAUAUGCUCAGCACUCGUCUAUGGACUGUUGUUUAUGAUCUCACGACAUUUGGUUUAAAUUUACCAUGACAACCUCGGCCAUCACAAGCAAAAAAGUUUUUGAUGUUUAAUUAGUAUUUUAGCGUAAUCAAAUAUUAGAAAUUACACUGCAAUAAGAUUUAAACUAUCUUAUGAACCGAAACAAUUACAUAAGAAUACCUAAAGAUAUUUGUCGCAGAAUUUUUCAAAUGAAAAUAUAUUUUCAAAUACAUUUCAAUUACUUUUAAUGGGUAAUUUAUAUUGGGGAUUUUCACCAUAGAUUUUAAACAAUGUAAACUGGUCUAUGUUUGUUUUUAGAUUUUGAAAAUCCAGUUGACAUUCUUGUAAGUGUUAGAAUGCAGUAGAGAAGAUCUGAGGAUGGAGGCGGUAUAAGAAUAAACAAAGCCAGAAUAUAACACAAGCAAAAUACAAAAAAAAUACUUUGAAAAAAACAACAAAGCGUAUAUUAAGUGUAUCAAUUGGUUUGGAUCAGUCUUGUAAAUAAAUUUGUAAUUAGCCUCAGACGAAAAACAACACUUCUGUCAAGUACUAUUUCUUUCCUUUGUUGGAUAUACUAAAAAAAAAAAAAUAAGUUUACUGUCAAUAGUUAAUUAAUUAAUUGGUUAUUUUUUUAAAUGAUUCUUGUGUUGUCAUGUAAAAGAAAUAUUUGUGCGAAAUUUCAGUGUGAUCAGAGAUUGGGUGUUGGACAAAUAACAUGUACAAACAUUUGGCCAGACAGACAGACAGAGUUGAUAGAAGCUUUGUAAAAAAAAAAAGGUGUUAGAUUGGCAGAAAUUUUAAAAUAAAUAGACUAGUUCAAAAAGACGCUACAUUGAAAGAGCAAUGGUGUUAGGUAAAUAGUUUUUAAAAUAGCUUAUGAUAAAGAGCUCCAAAAUUUGAUUUUACGGUGUUACAAAGUGCGUUAAACAUAUAUCGUAAACCUUUUUAACUGAACAGAUGUCAACAUUUAUUUAUUCUACACACCAAAUACAUUGGAAAAUUAUCAGUGUAUAGUUAUCCACCAGAGUUCGAACUAUCGAUUCUGUAGGAUUGGAUUGUUUAUUAGCACUCAGAUUAACAUUAUUUUCAGGAAUAUUUUUUUACCUUUUCAUUGUAAAACUUUGAUUAUUCACUAUGAACAGUACAGAAGAGAAAACAAAGUCUUUAAAUCAUGUUUUUUUAUGUUGUAUCAAGAAUUUCCCGUCCAUCCUGGAAAAUUAUUAUCAUUAUUAUUCUGUUUGUCUUUAAUGUUGAAACAAUGUCUAAUUUUACUAUAAAAUAUUUGACAAGUCAAUUUUGACUUUAUGAUUGUUUUCUGAUGCUUGGAAUAACAGAUUAUUUGCAUAUUAUGUAUAUACGUGAUUGUAAAAUAUUUGUGAAGUAGAAUGGUUGAGCUGAUAAACAUCGCCAUUGUGCGCAUGUCAAGGAGGGGAUAAGAAAUAAAGAAAUCCACGAACAAUUCAGUUCUGCUGAAAAAAAGAUGUCACUAUGAAAAUUUGACAAUGUCAUUUUGGAUGUGAUUUAUGACAUGGUUUUCUUUGAAGCAUUAGGGUGGCUGAGGGAGGAGGCUUUUAUUGAAAAUUAUUUCGUUAGUUGUGACCUCCCCUCCUAAGCACGUGUUCAUGCCAAGGCCAUUUCUGAAUGCAUUCCACGCUUCGUAACGCAGUUAGGCUUAAAUAUGUCUAGUUUUGGAACACAGUACAUUCGAGUAGAAAAAAAGUUGUGGAAAAGAAGUGGGUCAUAAAAAAAUACUUAAAAAAAAAAGAAUAUUCCUCUAUUAUGAAGAUAAUGACAUUUUCGUAAGAGCGAUUUAAUUUACUCUAACUAAAGAAUGAUAAAUCUAACCGAAACCUCAUUGAUAUUUGCCCCGUACUGUGGUAAAGCUAUCACCACUUUGGCCUACAGAUUAUCAUAAAGAUGUUAUGUAAUCUGGUGUGUUUAUAGUCAGUGCGCAUAUUGACAAUAUGUUUCUAGCUCCCACGUAGUCAGAUGUCUUUCUUUAAGCCUUAUAAUGAUAGCAAUCCUAAAACAUUCCAUAAUCUAAAUACAUUCCUCAUCCCUUUAUGUUUAUUUGGAAGGGAAAUAAUCAUUCUUUCCCAACAACCUCAGUUUUAAACAAAAAGGUUAUUCCUCUUUAAGAAAGCUUAUUUAUACAUUUCUCUCUGCUGUAAGAUCAUUGUAAAUGUAUUAU